AUACCUCCUAAAGGGCCAUGUUGCUAGGUAACGGCUUGUUUCCUUGGUCACAGUGAAUCCAUGGAAGACCCCCAAAAGAGGCUGCAGAUUCUUGGCGGACUGCUCUCGAAUUCCAUCCAGAGAAUAUGAUGAAAAUGUCUUCAGAAAAAUAGCUUUAUGAAGGCGAGAGGAACUUUUUGCACCCGCAAGACAUGUCUGAAAGUUCCUCAGGUCAAAACACAAGUAGUCAAGAUAUUUGUCCGUCUAAUUCAUCAUACUACUCCAAUGCAAGUGAGACCCAUACUCAGUCAGCUCUGUCAAGGAGCAGAAGAACAUUUCAUCCACGUUUGGACUCUGGAAUAUCGUCCCUGCUGCCAUCAGAUUCUUGUAAGUACCUCACUUGGCACAAGAUAGAACAACAUGACAUUCAAGGAAGUCAACUGCGUUGCCCAAGAGUAAGAGAAGGCCCCUCUGAAGAAGAGUUACUGUUCAGACAGGCAGAGUGUGCCUUGCCUCCAAGGAAAAGAGUUCUUGAAAAAAGCAAAUGGGAAACAUGGCUACAAGAAAACUGGGAGGACUGCAAGAAUUUGAACAUUUCAUUUCAGGACUUGGGGGACCCUUAUCAAGUUGAAAAUUUUAACAGAAUUCUUAGAAGACUAAUUCGAGUUGAGAACCUCUGGUUAGUGGACAAUUCCCUGGUGGAUUUAAGUGCCAUAAGAUUGCCAAGCUGCAGAACUCUAAAUAUGAACAGAAACCAUCUCACAUCUUUCAAACAAUUGCCAAAGAUACCUCAGAUACAGCAUUUAUCCUUGGCUGAAAACCACAUUGAGACUCUGACUGGACUCUCCAGUUUACGGUGCACUCCAUUGGAAUCUCUCAUACUCAAGAGGAACCCCUGUGAGUUUCACCAAAAUUACAGGAAAAGAGUAUUCUCCUGUUUGCCAAACUUAAAAAUGCUGGAUGGAAUCUUGAAGCUACCAGAAGAUUGUUCAUCACCAGAAACCAAUAUUUUGUCAAAAAUAUGUAUUGUAUCCUAAUGCAAUCUGUAUAGAAAAAACGCAAUCACCGUUGUUGCUAAAAGUGCUAGUAAACACCGAAAAUGCAUAAUUAAAUAUUAUAGUUCAUUUUAUGUAUAUAAUCUUUUCACCUUUCUAAAUCAGGAUAGGAAAGCAUUUUUUGUAAAGGACCAAACAGUAAAUAUUUUAGGCUUUGUAGGCCGUAUGUUCUCUGUCACCACUACUCACCUCUGCCAUAGUAGCACAAAAACAGCCAUAGAUAAAAUGUAAAGUGUAUGGAUGUGACUGUGUUCUGAUAAAACUUUAUUUACAAAAACAUACAGCAGGCUGUAGUUUGCUGACCACUGCUCUAUAUUUUAAGGUCACAUGGUUGAUUGCAUUACUCUUUUUUUUUCUCUUGAGACAGAGUCUCACUCUGUUGCCUAGACUAGAGUGCCAUGAUGUCA